AUGAAUAAAUACAAGGCAAUUGUUCUUCUAAAAGGAUUCGAAAAGAUGAAUGACUAUCAGUUUAGGACAAUCAAGUCCUUACUAAGAAAAAAUCUAAAUCUAAAUAAAAAAAAAUCAAGAUGCUUUGACAAAAUUCAGAUUUCUGACCUGAUGGAGGACACAUUCCCAGAAGAUUCUGGACUGGACACACUGAUAAAAGUGUGUCAAAAGAGUAAAGAUCUUAAACACCUUGCUAAAAUACUUAAAAAAGAGAAAGCAAAAGUUAAAAAGCCAAAUAAAGAAAAAGUAAAAACUGCAGUGAAAAAAAAGAAGCAAGAGGAACCCAGUAGUUCACAAUCUCUUUCCACUGAUAAUGAACCAAGCAAGAAUAAGCCCUCUUCAAAGAAAAAGAGUAAAAUACCCACAGAAACUGAAGGUGGCAAGAAAAGGAAGCUUACCCAGGAGCAUCAACUUCCAGAAGCUCCAGAAAGCAGCAUACAAAAAAAUGAACAUUGUCUCCAGACUCCUCAUAAGCCUCCACCAAUACCACCCAGCAGUUCCUCCAACAAGAAACAGAAAAGGAUAAAUAUCAAAACCCAGAGGACUUUUAAAACAGAGAUUUCCCAGGAAGAACAGCAGCUUCCAGAACUGUCAGAUACCAGCAACUCCUCAGCUGCCAGUGAACUCCAAAAUUGUCAGGGACUCUUCACAACAGCUUCUAGCAGCCUUCAGACUCCCCAGACACCUCCAUGCCCUGCUUUAAAAAAGACUCAGAGCUCUCCAGGACCACCCUGCCAGAAUUUUCUAGCAUCUCCAGAAUCAGACUCUAGCACCCAUCUGAUCUCUCAUUUGGCUCUAACCCUGUCCAGUAGUGUCCAGGAUCCUCAGGUACCUUUAGGAACAACAUCUGAAAGUCCCCUGGCUCCGUAUAUGUCUCCACCAACAGCAUCCAAAAGUCUCCUUGCUCCAAGAGGGUCUCCAGCAACAGCAGUCAGUGCUCUCCAUGACCCUCUGGGGUCUCCAGCAACUACAAGCAGCCGUUCAUGCAAGACACCAAGGAGAAGAAACAUACCCAAGGAACCUGCUAAGGAAGAAGGUUACCAUCGAGAACCCAAAGAAGUGAUGGUUUUGAAAAUAACAGAACCAUUUACUUAUGAUUUGACUGAUGACAAAAGGAUGUUCCAUGCCACAGUGGCGACUGAGAAUGAAUUCUUCAGAGUGAAGAUUUUUGAACCAGUGCUAAGGAAUAAGUUCAUUCCAAAUAAGAUUAUUGCCAUAUCAAAUUAUUUUGUCAAUGGAUUUCUGGAAAUACACGAAGCUUCCUGUGUGUCUGAUGUAGACAAGAACAGAACAAUGAGUAUCUCAAAAACACUGAGGCAAAGAGCUAAUGCGACUCCUAAAAUUAGGGAUCUUUUCUCACAGGCACAGGGGACAUAUGUGAAUGGAGAGUUUGUGGUCUAUAAGAAAACUGAGAGGAAUCCCUUCAUUUACUAUGGAAUUGAAGAUGAUAUAGGGACAAUGGAAGUGGUGGUCUUUGGAAGACUGACCAAUAUAAAGUGUGAGCCAGGCCAAAAACUUCGACUCAUCUGUUUUGAAUUGUCCUCAAGGAAAGAUAAAUGGCAGCUGAAGUCUGUAAGACACAGUUACAUGCAGAGCAUGAUGUACAGAAAUCAUAAGUUCCUAAGGAUUCCCUGGGCCAAUAAGACCAAUAUGCGCUAA